AUGCCAGCACUAGGAUCUGCAGGGCGCCCUGUGUUACUGCUCAUUCGAUCAUUGCAAUGGAUUAGUUCGGUUAUCGCUAUGGGAAUUUUCUCCUAUCUCAUCCACAAAAAUCACCAUGGAGCCCAUUUGAUCUACAAUGAAGUGAUUGCUGUUUUGUCGGUGGUCUUCUUCAUUCCGGCUUUCAUUUCACCUUUCAUGCCCACUAUGCUCAGCAAGUUCGUUGUGCUGAUCGAUCUUGUAUUCUCCUAUCUGUGGUUGACUGCUUUCAUAUUCACGGCCGAAGACUUUGACCGUGGAUUUUGCUACAUCGCAGAGGCACCAGGCGUCUCGUGCUCCAAGAAGCAUGCGGCUCAGGCUUUCACCUUCUUGGCAUUCAUCUUCACCUUCUUCGGUCUCGGGGUUGAGACGUUCAGCCGAUGGGUUGACAACCCAGAACCAGUGAGCACACGGGAGAAGAAUGGUGCCCGAGCACCAUUGGACGCCCCUGUUCAGUCUGCAUAA